AUGACGGCGGCAUCUGCAAUCUCGUUGGCGGACCAAGCCUAUGGCUUGGGUGCUAUCACGGAUGCUCAACGGCAGAUGCUGUUGGGGGGACUCCGAAACAUCCAAGCAGAUCUCGAACGAACUGAGCGUCGGCUUAUCAAGGGGGACCUCCCUUUCAAUUGUGACUUAUCUGGGGAAGUUAGUGAGGAAAUCUGGUUGUUAAGGGACGCUACUGAUUGGAUGGAAGACGCCAUUGACGAAAUCUACUACCACAGGUUGGAGCAAGAGGUUGGUAAUCCCAUCUCCAUGUUCGUCAAAAGAAAGUUUGUCAACAAGAUUGCACGGUUUGGUAUUCCGUCGAGUAGCCUGAAAAAGCUGAGGGAGAUGGCGGCUCUCUUCUUACUACAGCUUCAGGAAUACCGACUUCAGUACGUAGGAACUCUGUUAAGACGUAUUUAUGAUGCUCCUGCCGUCAAUGAGCGAUACCCCAGUUGGCAAGCAACUGGAGGUGGUUCUUUUGGUCGGGACGGGGCAAAAGAAAAAAUAGUGCAGUCGCUGAUGGAGGAUAUAGCUGAAGACAACCCUGUUUCUGUUUAUGCAGUGGUAGGGAUGGCUGGAAUGGGGAAAACAACACUUGCUAAUAUCAUAAGUCGAGAUCCAAGAGUGUCCAAAAACUUUCAAGCUGUGGUGUGGGUGACCGUGUCUGCUGAUUUUAAUACAGAAGAAAUCACAAGAGUUAUACUGGAAUCAAUUACCGGUAGACCACCUGCAUACUCUGGUAUUAACCUUCUGCAGAGUUCUCUUACUGAUACUCUCAGAUAUAGCAAGGUUUUGCUAAUUCUAGAUGAUGUCUGGGAAGAUAAUAGUCUUGAAAAGUGGCAAACUUUAUUGGCUCCUCUAACGGUCUGCAAGAAAGGAAGCUGGAUCCUGCUGACAACCCGGAUGCAAUCAGUCGUGGAUAUGGCAGCUGCUGCUAUGGGAACUCAAGUUCAAUAUCUGAAACUGGAUGACUUGGAUGAAGAUGACAGUCUCAUGCUCCUAAAAAGCCGACUGCCUUCUCAGAUUGAUUCUGAAUAUUUUAGUAAUCUUAUGCUGAUAGCUGAACAGAUAUUGAAAAAGAUUGGUGGAUGCCCUCUAGUAAUCAUUUUUGUUGCUUCAUGGUUGGGGGCACAUAUGGAGACCCAUGAUUGGAUUACAGUAUCGCAGAUAGGCUGGCAGCACAUUACAGAGAAGGACAUCAUUAUUAGAUCUCUGAGAUUGAGUUAUGAUUGUCUGUCUGCAGAACUGCAAGCUUGUUUUAGAUAUUGUAGUUUAUUUCCUAAAGGAUACAAGGUUAGCAAGGUAGAACUGUCAAAAAUGUGGGCUGCUUCUAUAUUGAUACCUUUUAGCUCAUUGAAGCAAAAGAAUAUUGGCCUACACAAAACAAAACAUGCUGACUUAUUGAGCUCAGAGGUUGUGGGGGAAGAAUACUUUGAUGCAUUAGUGAGAAAAUCGUUCUUUAUCCAUAUGUUAGAAACAGAACCUUCUAGCGGAGAUCAGAAAGAAUAUUACAUUUUGCAUAAUUUAAUGCAUGAUUUGGCAGAACUCGUCUCUCAUGGUGAAUGUGUAAGAGUGGAUAGUGGUAAUUUGCAUAACAUCAGCUAUAAAACACGACACCUGUCUAUUGCACAUUUCAGCAAUUUAGUGGCGAUGUGCAAUCAUCAAGAGAUACUUUCUUCUCGUUAUGACGAAAAUCCUCUAUAUUUGCGGACUCUUAUCAUACAAUCUGAGUUUGCUAUUGACAAAGAGGCUGAAAUUUUCCUUGGGAAGUUCCUGAAGAGUUCUAGACACUUGCGUCUACUGUACUUGGGUGUUCCAUCACUAUUUCAUGCACUUGAUAGUGUUCCCAGUUUAAUUCAUCUCCGUUAUCUCUUUUUAUUUUCAUGUGACGAGUCUCAUCUUCACAAACUCUUUGGAUUGUAUCACUUGCAAGUGUUCAAGCUUGAGUACUUCACAGGAAAAGAGGCAAACUGCACUGCUAUACAUAACUUACGUUUUUUGCGCUGUCUCCAUGUUCCUGACAAUGUGUCAUCUUAUAUCCAUCAAAUUGGGAGGUUGACCUCACUUCAGGAGUUACAUGUUUUCGAGGUAGUGGAAAAGGAUGGUCAGAGAUUGAGUUCAUUGGGGAGUUUAAAAAGCUUGUGCCAACUCAGCCUAAGAAAUCUUCAAAAUGUCUCGAGUUGUAAAGAAGCUUUGGAGAUCAAAUUGAAGGACAAACAUCAGAUGCAGUAUUUGUCACUGGUGUGGAACAAGCACUUGAAGGAACCAGUGAAUCGAGAUGAUCAAUUAUUGAUGAUCUUGAACCAAACGAAGAAAUUCAGCAGUUACACAUUCAUGCUUGCAUUUCUGCCAAGAAUACAGCAGAGAUAUACUCUUGCCAGGGAUUCAGCAUCAGUAAAAUCUCAGCUUACUUUUUUGCACAUAGAAAGUUGUGCACGUUUGACUUCUCUGGAUGAAGGUCUUUUAGAUCAGCAGGAACAACUUCAGUCUCUUACAAGAUUGGUUGUAAGGCAUUGUGAAAGGCUACGGCAUCUGCCAAAGACAGGUUUCACAGUAUUAAAUCACCUGAAUUCCCUUGAGAUAGUUGCAUGUCCAAUACUAAGGGAUGUGAAGACCAAAGACAGUCUGCUGCCUGCGUCACUCAAGAACUUGGAUUUGAACCCUUGCGGUGAUAUUGAAGCAUCAACUCUCAUGUCAUUGCAGAACCUUACUGCUCUCAGAAGGCUAACAUUGUUCAACUGCACUAAUAUAGAUAAACUUCCAUCAGUUGAAGUGUUUGGGACUCUGAACAAUCUCAAUGAUAUGUCACUAGCUAGAUGCAAAAACUUGUUAUCCUUGGGUGGGCUUGGAUCCGUUGCCUCCCUAAGAGUGCUAUCAAUCGUAUGCUGUAAUAAGCUGAGUUAUUCACAGUUGCCACAGGAUGGCUGCUCCUUUAAGCUACAGAAGCUCAUAAUCGACUGGCAAGCUCUAUUAUCAGUGGAGCCACUAAGGAGCCUCAGACACACCAAGGAGCUUCAAAUUGGUGAUGAUUAUGAAAUGGAGUCACUGCCUGGGGAGUGGUUGCUCCAGAAUGCUGCUUCCUUAUGUUCCAUUCAAAUAGGAGUUGUCCAGUCUCUUUGCUCACUGCCAAAUGAGAUAGAAAAGCUUGAGUUGUUACAGAGUUUGUGCAUAGAAAGUGCCCCUCAGAUUCAGUCACUCCCUCAACUGCCUGCCUCACUUAGCAAGCUGACAAUCCGGGGCUGUGGCCCGAAUUUUUUGAAACGUCAUGAAAUGGAUGGUGAAGAUUGGGACAAGAUUGCUAACAUUGCUAAUGUGGAUAUCAAACCCUACUCUGAAGCUGAUUCUGGACAGUUCAUUUAUGUGGAUGGUGUGUACAAGAUCAAAUUAUGGAUUACUAGAGGUAGGUUGGUUGUUUCAGCUUUUGGGCAGAAGAUGGAACAAAAAGGCCUAGAAGUUUACCUGAUGGAGCAUCAUCUACCAAAACCAUUAAUGAGCUAA